GAUUUUCUGAAAACAUUUAUACACUGUCACUGACUGAGUUUUUAAGAAGGAUGGGUUCAAGUAGCAAAAAUGGAUGACUCUGUGAGGGGAUUCAGGGGGAGGGGAAGAGGAGGACGAAGGCCGAGAAGAAAUAGAUCCCACACUCCACACAGAACCACAGAAAACACUUUAUCAUCAAAUCUAGUCCAUGUCUACGACGAUGACAACGAUGGGGAAGAGGAAGAGGAGCGGAUGCACACCUUGCCAAUCUAUGACUCGUCAGAAUUCGACGACAACCAAGGAGGAUCACAGCGAAGAAGAGGUGGAAGAGGGAGACCGAACUUUAGAUGGAGGGGAAGAGGCGGUGAUUCAUAUCAGGGUAGAGGAUCAGCUUCUGAUUCUAGUCGAGGAAGAGGCAGUGGACGUGGUAACCCCAGAGGUCAACGAUCAAACUAUGGUCACGGUGGUGGUGGUCAAUCCAGAACAAGAACGAUGGGAUACAAAAGACUGGAAGAACUCGAUCUCGAAGACGAUCCCGAUGAUGUCCUCCUUCAGUUAGUUACAACCAGAAAUGGAUUUGAGGAUUUACUCGAAAGAAAGUUACAAAAGGAUUGGAUGGUUCUACUUGUUUCAAUCUUGGUAAAAGCAUAUAAAUCAAACAAAGAACAAAGUUGCAUGGAGCUCACAAAGAUUUUAAGUGCAAAAAAUCUUAUAGCAAACCACGUAAUACCUUUUGUAUGUAAUGUCGAAGUUGGUGUGAUUGAAUUUGCAGAUGACAUCAUGGUGAAGAUUCUGUGGGACAUGACCCAGUUGACUUUCAUUUUGUUGCACCGUAUGCAGAGCAGUGUGUUUUUGCUUAACACAGUCUUGGAUACACUAGAAAGACUGAUAUCCAGUAAAUACAAAAACAUCUGCGCCUUAUCAUGUCCAGACAUAUUUAAGCAGCUUGAUGAACUGAGGGAGGCAAAAGAAGCCAUACAAAGAGAGUACAUUAAACGUCAAGAAGAAGAAGUGAAGCCAAAAAGACGUCCUCAGCCUUUAGAGCAAGAGCCACCAGAUGAUUUCCGAGAAUUAUCUGUUCUUCCAACUCUUCAAGACCUACAGUUUGACAGAAAACCCUUUUUACGAUGUAACAAAACUAAAGGUGGCUAUGCUAAUCUGCAACAGUAUCUAGACAUACAAUUUCGCCUAUUAAGAGAGGAUUACUUGCAUCCUUUGAGAGAGGGAAUUCUUGAUUACCGCAGAGAUUUUGAGAGGUUCAAGAACGUGAAAGGUAAACGACAGACAGACAUCAGAAUGUACGAGAAUGUGGAGGUUCUUCGUCCGCUGUGUUCUAAACACGGAGUCAGGCACGUCAUUAAAUUUGAUAACAGUAAACUGACUCACGUACGCUGGGAAUCAUCGAGAAGAUUGCUAUAUGGGUCAUUACUUUGUCUGUCAUCGGAUGCAUUCCAGACAAUGCUAUUUGCCACAGUGACUGAAAGGAAGAUCACAGAUUUACAAAAUGGAAUUGUGGAAGUUCAAUUCACAGAGGAGACAGAAGCAAGUGCCCUCUCCUCUACACAGACAUAUGUCAUGGCGGAAACAACAGCCUAUUUCGAAGCUUAUAAAUAUAUACUUCAAGGAUUACAAGAAGUUGGAGAUGAAAUGCCACUACAGUCCUGUAUUGUUCAUUGCAAGCCAAAUGCAAAACCCCCAAAGUAUUUGAUAAAAGGUGGAACUGUACUACCAUAUGAUUUCAGUCCACUGCUAAAGACCCAAAGGAGACCCAAAGUGUACAACUGUCCUGUACUUAGCACCAAUAGAUGGCCUUCAGCUAGAGAUAUUGGAAUGGACGAUUCACAACACAAGGCCUUACAAAUGGCCAUCACAAGGGAAAUUGCAAUCAUUCAAGGACCUCCAGGUACAGGCAAGACAUACGUUGGCCUAAAAAUCGUUCAUCUUUUACUGCAUAAUAAAGAAAUGUGGACUGAAAACGUAAAAAUGGAUCCCAUUUUAGUGGUAUGUUAUACCAAUCAUGCCUUAGAUCAGUUUCUUGUUGGGAUCUCCAAGCACUCGGAUAAAUUAGUGCGAAUUGGUGGACGAUGCAAAACGCAAGAUUUAGAAGAAUUUACUCUUCAAAGCUACCGGAAAAAAGCUCGUGAAGACAAGUCGAUUUCGAGAACGAUCCACGAAAAAAAGUCCGAUUGUCUGAAAAACAUGUGGAAUUGCAGAGACCAAAUAGAACGUGUCAGUCAGAAAUUGAAAUGUGCAAAGCAAGGUAUUCUACAUCUUAAUGAAUUAAGCCGUUUUAUGGACGAUGAUCAUGUGCAAUGUUUCCAAAAUAAUGCAUUUGAAAAUGAAAUGUUUAUGACCUCAAUUCCAAGUAAUCGAUUGGACGAAUGGCUUGGUUUUAAUGCCGACAUUACAUUUGAUCCAGAUGACAUUGAAAAUCAGCGUAAAAAUAUGUUGAUGACAGAAUGGGAGGAGGAACUAACGAAUGGAUCUAAAAUAGAGAGAUUUACAAAAGACGAGGCAAGACAAGUAAAGCAACCGUGGCAACUACCUUUACAGGAAAGAGGAUCUUUAUAUAAGUAUCUUUUGGUGGAAUUCCAGGAUUUUUUAAGUAAUGAGAUUAUGGUUCUUGAAAACCAAACAGGAAAAACAAAAGUUUCAAAAAAGCAACAAAAGCUACCCACAAAUAAGCAAAUAGAGGAACUUACGAAACUUCGAACAAAAAGUGAAAAGGUUGUCUUACAAAUCGAUACCUUGGUUGACCAUAUUCCCAAAUAUCUGAGGAGAAUACCAAAGAUGAUUCAAGAUCAGGGUGACAUUUUGGACUGGUUGUGUCUUGAUGGCUCACCAGAAAGCUGCAGCCGAAUUGCAGAAGUUCUUAAGGAAGAGUGUGUAAAUGCUAAAGAGGAGGCAGAGUUCGAAGAUGAAGAAAGAAGAUUGGAGGACGAAGAGGAUGAAAACGACGAUGAACUUCGAUUCUUUUCUGGAUAUAGCAGUGAAACUGAAGCAAACCCCUCACAGAAUUUAAGUCAAACAUCCAUUGAAAUUCUUUACAAAAGAAACGAACGAUCGUCAAAUACCGAAGGCUGGGUUUAUCAAAUCAAUCGCAAUAAAUUGCGUCGAAAUCUUAAAAAGAUUAUUGACAGCAGCGACAUUAUGAGUGAAAGAGAAGUUCAGCAGGUGGGAAAUGUAUGGAAACUUGAUUCUGCUAAACGAGAGAAGCUUUAUCGUUAUUGGUUGAAGUGCUAUACCACCCAUAUGAAAGAAUCCAUAAAAGAAGCAGAAAAACAGUAUGAUGAUCUAUGCAAAGGUUAUAGAGAAGUUUUAGAUGCUGAGGAUGUAGAUAUAAUGAGAGGAGCUGACGUCAUAGGAAUGACUACCACAGGUGCAGCAAAAUACAGGAAUAUUCUUCAAUCUAUCAAACCAAAAAUAAUUAUUGUUGAGGAAGCUGCCGAAGUGUUGGAGUCACACAUCGUCACUACAAUUAAUUCAAACUGUCAACACCUCAUUCUGAUUGGCGAUCACAAGCAACUGCGUCCUACCCCUACCGUUUAUCACCUUGCAAAGAAUUUCAAUCUGGAUAUUUCCUUAUUUGAAAGAAUGGUUAACAAUGAAUUGAAUUAUGUGACAUUAGGCAUACAACACAGAAUGAGACCGGAAAUAUCAAUGUUAAUGAAAUACAAAGAUCUCUAUCCAAAUCUUGAUGACCAUGAAGACGUGAAAAAGUACGAACAUAUCAAGGGUGUAAUUUCUGAUGUUUAUUUCAUUAACCACAACGAACCAGAGUUGGAACAAAGGGAGACGAAAAGCAAAUCAAAUAUCCACGAAGCAAAGUUAGUCAAAAGACUUUGUAGAUAUUUUAUUCAGCAAGAAUAUGAGCGAAGCCAAAUAACGAUUCUUACAGCAUACACAGGUCAAAUUCUUGCAUUAAAGAAAGAAAUGCCAAAACAUGAAUUUGAAGGCAUUCGCAUCACAUCGGUAGACAACUUCCAGGGCGAAGAAAAUGACAUCAUCAUACUUUCACUUGUGCGUAGCAACAACUUAGGAAGCACGGGAUUUCUAAAAAUAGACAAUAGAAUUUGUGUUGCGUUAUCAAGAGCUAGAAAAGGGAUGUUUGUUAUUGGCAAUUUUGAUCUCUUAUGCUCAGAGAGUGAAUUUUGGAAGUACAUAGUAGAGACGAUGGACGGAAAGGGGAAUUACGGAAGAAGUCUUGUACUACGGUGCGGAAACCAUCCUAGAAAUAGUGUUCAUGUCAGUCGAGAUACUGACUUUGAUCAGGUACCAAAUGGAGGCUGUUCUCUCCCUUGUAAUUUCGACCUGAAUUGCUCUCAUAAAUGUGGCCAAAUCUGUCACAUUUCUGAUCCAAAGCAUGAGCAUUACAAGUGCCUUCAACCAUGUUUGAAGAAAUGCAUAAAAGGACACAAUUGUCCACGAAAAUGUUUUCAAGACUGUGGAGACUGUCCUGUGAAAGUCCCAAAAAUAAUUCCUUCCUGUGGACAUACUGAAAACGUCCCAUGCUCUGUGGACGAAAAUAUGUGGAAUUGCAAAUCUCAGUGUGGACAAAUUCUUCCUUGUUUACAUAAAUGUAAAGGAGAAUGUGGUAAUUGUAGAUUAAAAAAUGCGCAUAAGGAAUGUCAAGAACUAUGUGAGAAACGCCUCCCUUGUGGUCACUUUAUUAUUACAAAGUGCUGUGAAGAUGUAGAAACCGUUAUUUGCGAAAGAGAGUGCGUCAUUGAGCUUGAGUGUGGUCAUAUUUGCAGCGGAACUUGUGGUUACUGUCAACAAAGUCGAUUACACAUUCCAUGUCAAUUAAAAUGUGGACGUAAACUUGUAUGUGGACACACAUGUGCAAGACUUUGUGUUGAAGGCUGUCCACCUUGCAACCAAAAAUGUCGAACCAUGUGCACCCAUAGACAAUGUAAGGCAAAAUGUGUAGACCCCUGUCACGAGUGCGACAAGCCUUGUACGCGAUCCUGUGAACAUCAGGAAUGUCUAAAUAGGUGUGAUGAAAAGUGCAGUUCACUACCGUGUUCGAAAAACUGCUCGAAGAAGCUUCGAUGUGAACACGAAUGCUUAGGGGUUUGUGGUGGAAAAUGUCCACCAGUGUGCCAAACAUGCCAUCGUAUAACAUUCGAAGGUUCCAUAGACACUAUAGACAACGACAUACGCUUCGUAUCACUGAAUUGUAAUCACACAUUCAGUCUUAAUUCUAUGGACUCGUACAUGUUUAACCCUGGAAGGAUUCAGAGUUCAUCAGUGCCUGUAGGUAUUAGGCAGUGUCCUGCAUGUCCACGGCAAAUAACAAAAAGUGUGAGAUACAAGUCAGUAGUCGAAGAAAUCAGAAAAGAUAUAGAAGUUAUUAAGAAGAAAAUAACAACUGACGAUAUGUCAUCUCUUAAAAGGGGAGUAGACUAUAUCAAAGAAAAAUCAGUCUUUUUGCGAAAAAAAGAUUCAGAGGCCGUUGAUCGAAUCAUCAAGCAACUUGAAGAGAAAGAUAUGCUGCCAAUUGAAAAAGUAACUUUAGCUCACUUACAGACAGUUAUCCUAGAAAUAAUUUAUCACAUUUUUCAAACAAUUCUUCAAUCUGACAUUGAAGAAACUAGAGAGGAAAAAAUAAUCGGAUCACAGUUAACGAGGAUUCGUCAAUGGUUGUUUGAAAAUAUCUACAUUGUUACAGAAAAUAAGAAAAAGAUACAAAAGGCAAGAAAACGAACAUGUUUUUCAAAACAGGAACUUCUCGAUGUUCGUAUGGAAUUGCUACGACUUGCAUACCAGGUCCAGUUCCUGAAAUUAACGAACAGGUCAAGUACGGACAGAGAUGAUAUCAGAAGCAAAUAUGGUCCUAUUGUUGAUUUACUAUUAACGGAAAAAUUGCCACUUUUGGAUAAAAAGUAUCAGAGAGUCCGUUUAUUGGCGAGGGCAUACGGUGUAGGACUGGACGACAAAAUAUUUGAUGAGUUGCUGAAUCUUGCAGAUUUGGGAAGUCGUAGAAUAUGGCAAUAUGGAACCUGGUACAAAUGUAAAAAUGGGCAUGUUUCCAGUACCUACAAAGAAGAAGAGCAGUGUCCAUCUUGUAUUCUAUUUAUUGGAAAAAAAACCUACGAUGAGAUAGUACCUCCGAGACGAGUUCUAUCAGAACCAAUACCAGAGGAUCAGAGGAAGAAAUCAACGCAGUUUUCUGACAAUAAAGCAAAUUUAGAAAGCAAGACUCGAACAAGUCAGGAAAACUUCGAAUUUUUAACAGAUGCUUCGAAAUUAGCUUCUCGUGAAAUUGUUUUUAAAAAUGAAUUCAAAAGACCAAUCAGCACGCCAGAAUAUACAGCGUCAGGAUAUACUCCAAACAUAAAACCAAAAACUAUGUCUCGAUUGGAAACUGUUACUCCACUACAGGAAAUGGAUAACGAAGGCAUAAUAUGGAGUCCAUCCGUGGUGUCUGGAUAUUCUUCGAAGGCAAAAUAUUAUGACAGACCCUCAUCCGUUGGGGCAGUUCCAAAAGAUACCAGACAAAGCACUAGCAAAACCGAACAAAAGGCUAAGCAAUAUGCUUCUUUAAACACGCAGCCAGAAACAAAGUAUGCAUGGCAGAAAACUAACCUUGUCCCAAAAGACGAAAAUGAUGUUUAUAAACCAACGUUUCCUCAACCAACUCUCUCAUCACCCUCGGCUAGCGAUAAGAAACAAACCGAUAGGAAAAGUGUCUACACCUCAAAAGAACUUUAUACACCUACCCACAUUAAGAGCGCUGAACCAAAUGGUGCAGAUGUGGGACUUGAUAAAGGAAAAGUGAGUUAUGAGACCGAAAAACACUCUGAAAUUUUAUCUACGUCACAGGUAUUCGAAAGACAAUUGAAGCCCAUGAGAAGUCCCAUAGAUAUCGAUAUCAGCUUUGACCUUGCCAAAGAAAAGGAAGCUCAAGUACCGGUUACAAAGACGACCCGCAAAGAAGCAACGUCGUCCAAUCUGGAGAAAAGAUCAACAGGGGAUGAACAUAAGAGACCUUCACUUUCCAAAUGUCCAAAUGGUCAUCUAAUGCUAAGAAACGAGAUCCAGUGUCGCUGGUGCAGCAGAAGUUAUGACAGUGAGGUGUAAUGCUAAAUAAUACAAAUUAAGUAGACAAACAGGCCAAUUAAGCUUUGGUUAAAUACAUUUUAUACAGUUUUAGAAAAUAAUUACUUUCUAGAUUUUAGCAAAGAAAUGAUGUAUUGUACAUAUUUUGGUUUCGAAUACCCUUCAGCUCUUUGUACUUUUAAAUGUAUCAUGGUUACAGAGGGUCUGUUUUAUUUUAUUACAAAUUUUAAUCUUCGAGGUAAAGUAAAUGCUAUAUGUUAUCUAUAAAAUAAAGUAUGGAAAAGGGAAA